AUUCAGUUUGUUUUAUUUAUAACUGGUAGUUAUAUGUGUUUGAUUUCUAGUUCCAGUACAUGUUGCUUUACGUAUUAAGUUUAAUUUAAGAUGUAAUCAAAUGAAGUUGUUAUUUUUGAAUUAUGGGAGACACAUUUGAUGAUUUUUUGGAAGAAUUCAAAAAUGCAACUGUUAAUACCAGUAAAACUUUUAAGUUUAAAAAAGUGGAAUCUUUUAGUGGAAGUACCAGUCCAUUACACAAAAAGGAAACAUUGUCCAAUCAACAACAAAGUGCCAAUGGUAAAUCAAACCAUAUUCAAGUGACUUCAAAUAAGGACAAAGUGAUAUGUAGAACAACCAGUGAAUCAAGUGUUAAAGAAAAUGUACAAUCUAACAAUAAAUUUAAAUUUAAACCCAAAGAAUCAUCACACGUCAUUAAUAACAGUAAAGAAGAAUCUAAAAGAGACAAUGGAAAAGUAUCUGAAGACAAAACUGUUCGCGAUAUUAGUGAUACAAAAAUAAACAAUAGUUCAAAUUUUAAAUACAGAUCAUCUCUUUCAUGUAAAUCAGAGUCCCAAAUAGUUAAACCCGAAUUAUCCAACAAAACAAAUCAUCAAAAUGGGCCAGUGAGUGCCAAGAAUGUAAUCACACCUAAAGAAAGUUAUGUGAAGAACAAUUUUAAGAAAACCCUCAGCCUAUCUGAUGAAAAGAAGUCUAAGAGUAGCAUACCAGAGAGAAACAAUGGAAUACGAAUAUCUGAGAGUAAAAACAAAACACCUGAGAAAAGGGACCAAACACCAAGCAAGAAAAAGUUAAGUAGAUCUUCAGAGAAAAAGACUAGUAGUCAAAUAAUUAGUCCACAUAAAUCAGCUGAUAAAGAAAAAGUUAACAUUAAUUUAAUAAAGAAGUUUUGUGACGAAGAUGAUCUUACCAGUUCAUCAAUUGUUCAGCCAAAAAGAUUUAAAUUAAAAAAGUUGUCUACUUCAUCUCAGUCAUCAUUGUCGCCAUCAGGAAGCCAAUCAAUUGGAGAAUCUCUCAAAAAAGUGGUCAUACCUCAGUUAUCAUGUAAAUCAGGCCUCACAGAAAAGUCUUCAAAUGUUAGUUCACAAAAGACAGACAACACUCAUGAGAAAGUUAAUUUUCAUCUUGAUGAUAAGGUUUCAAAAAUUGACAAUUCUUUAUUACCAUCAAAUGAUGACUACAUGGAUGAUGCUGAAUUCGAGAGGUUGUUUGGUAAUACUACUGAAAAUUUAGAUAACUCAUACGAUUCGGAUAUUUUGGCGUCCCAGGAAAAUUAUAUGGACGAUGAUGAGUUCGAAAAACGAUUUGGAGGUGACGGCAACAAUACCAAAACUGAGACUACGAAUCCUGUGGAUGAUUUUGAUUAUACAUCGGUAAAUUGGGAUGAGAAAUUUGAUACGGAGCCCGACACAUGUGACAUACCUGACGUUUCAGAUAUAGAUUGGUCAAAUGAUGUAUUACAAGAACCUCCUUUAAAUCAGUUCAAUAAUAGAAAAGACAAUUCAGACGAAUUUAAGAAAACCUAUCCACAUUCUGAAGUGAUGGUGGAAGUCUUGCAUGAAAAAUUUGGUUUGAGGGAGUUCAGACCUCAUCAAAGAGAAAUCAUCAAUGCCAGUUUAUUAGGACAUGAUGUAUUUGUUCUCAUGCCUACUGGAGGAGGAAAGAGCUUGUGCUAUCAACUACCAGCCAUUUUAUCACCAGGUGUAACAGUUGUUAUUUCACCUUUAAGAGCACUGAUCAGUGAUCAAGUGGACAAACUCAACGCUCUGGAUAUACCUUCAGCACAUUUAUGCUCAGAUGUAGCAAAGAGUGAAGUUGAUAUUAUUUAUGGCAAAUUAAGUACAAGGGAACCAAUUCUUAAACUGCUAUAUUUGACGCCUGAAAAAAUAGGGGCAUCAGGGAAGAUGAUUGAUAUGUUGACUAACUUGUAUGCAAGGGAUAAAUUAGCAAGAGUCGUAAUCGACGAAGCUCAUUGUCUUUCACAGUGGGGUCACGACUUUAGACCAGAUUACAAACAACUGUCUUUUAUAAGACGACAAUUUCCAAAAGUUCCCAUUAUUUGCUUAACUGCCACAGCCACUAAACAGGUUCAAGGAGAUGUAAUUACUAUACUGAAUUUAAAAAACGUUAAAACGUUUAUUAGAAGUUUUAAUCGACCCAACAUCAAAUACCAAGUGCUUCCGAAAACCACUAAGACCUUAGCGGGUGAAAUUGCGGGUCUUAUUAAAUCUAAAUUUUUUAGACAAUCUGGCAUCAUAUAUUGUCUUUGUCGAAAGGACUGUGAACGUCUUGCUGAAGAUCUAUGCAAAAUGGGCGUAAAAGCUAGAGCAUAUCAUGCUGGUAUGUCUGACAAAGUGCGUGAAAAGCACCAACGUGAUUGGAUGCAAGACCAGUUUCACGUUAUCGUGGCUACAAUAGCCUUUGGAAUGGGCAUUGACAAACCAGAUGUGAGAUUUGUCAUACACGGCUCAUUGCCAAAAUCGGUGGAGGGAUUUUACCAGGAAUCUGGCAGAGCCGGACGAGAUGGAAAAACAUCUUACUCGUAUUUGUUUUAUUCGUACCAAGAUGUAGCACGAAUUCAGAAAAUCAUUGCGCUGGACAAGAAGAGUACUAUAGAUGGUCAUUUUGAAAACUUAAAUCAGAUGGUUUCCUAUGCUGAAAAUACUGUGGACUGCCGUAGAUAUCUUCAACUACUUCAUUUAGGUGAAAAUUUUGAUAGGAAAAUAUGUAUAGCCAACAAAGAAACUACCUGUGAUAAUUGUUUAAAUAUUAACAAAUAUAAAAACCGGGACGUUACGAAAGAAGCAAAGGAAUUGGCAGUUUUAGUGCAAGACAUUGCUAGAAGAGAAAAUGUGACUUUGCUCCAUAUAGCUGAAGUUUACAAGGGUUCUAAAAAUACUAAAGUAAUGAGCAGAGGCCACGACAGACAUAAAUAUUAUGCUGCCGGCAGUAAUAUGGAUAGAAAUGAUAUACAACGAAUUUUAAAAGUCCUGUUGUUAAAAAAUGUGCUUGUUAACUUUUGUUCAUGUGUUGGAGGUUAUCCUGUUGUUUAUCUUAAGCCGGGCCCCAAAAUAGAAAUGAUGAAUAGAAAUAUAACAAUAAAUAUUACUGUAAACACCGCCAGCAAAGUCACAUCUGGCAGUGAUUUUCCUGAAAUUUCAGUCAGUAAAUCAGGGAAAUCGGCAGCAUCGAUAUCGACUGCUGGAAGCAGGACUCCUUCCCAAUUUGAAAUUAAUAACAUCACAAUGAAAUGUCAUGAGGAGCUUUUGGCGGAAAUUAAUCGUUUGGCCGUUGAAAAGAAUGUCACCAUGACUUCCAUAAUGAACCUGUCUGCUGUAAAAAGUAUGGCAGACUAUUUGCCCACAACUGAGGAGGAAUUCUUAAAAAUUCAAUACGUUACGAAGGCAAAUUACGCUAAAUGUGGAGAGUUCCUUUUGCCGAUUAUUAAGAAAUACCGCGCAGAGAUGGACAAACUGAAGGAGAAGCAGGUAGUACCGCAGUUUAACUCGUACGAAAGCGAUUGGGGCGAAUCCAGUUCUUACUCGCCAUCUAGUAGAAGGGGAAUUAAAAGGAAGUCUACUAACGGAUAUAAACGAGGAGGUUUUAAGAAUCGCAAAAGGAGGAGAAAGUCUGGCUCACCGAAAAAAAGUCGGGGAGCUGCCACUAAGAAAAAAGUAUCAUCAUCAAGUAAAAAAGGACUAGGCAUGAUGCCAGUGAUGCAUUUCAAAUAAGACAUUAUUUAUAAUAGUUAUUUGAUUUUUGCAAUAAAUUUUUAUAUUAAAUA